AUGUCCUUUAACUCUUCACUGGCCAAUGCAUCUGGACUCGCAUUGUCUACGGAGACCGCCUCCGUUCCAAGCUCUGAGCAUCUCCCCACCUUCGAUCCUACCAUUGCGGCCCAAACCGUAGAUCAAUCGCCUCUCCAGCAGGCGAACAAAAAGAGACGACCCUCCAAGGGCAAAGUCCAAACCGAUCUUCGACGGGUGUCUUCAACGCCACACAUGCGCAAUCUUGCCCUCCAGACCACCGCUGGCGACCUCUCGCCCACUGCCGACAAGCGGCGGAACAAGCUGGGCUACCAUCGCACCUCAGUUGCUUGCGGACAUUGUCGACGUAGGAAGAUCCGGUGCCUAGUAGCGCAGGAUGACCCCCAAGGUCGUUGCGCCAACUGCAUUCGACUGAAGAAGGAAUGUAACUUCUACCCAGUCGAACAGAAUCCGGAGAACCAACCACGCGCUCCGACUACCGCGUCGACGGAGACGGGAAGUGGUGCCCCAGUGUCGUCUACUACAUCCUCACCUCACCAUCCCUCAGCUGCAGGAGAGAAAGUAGACGAGUUCCGACCACCUUUUCCAGGGCCACCUCUUCAAACCUCCAAGUUUGCAGCGCAACCAGAUGUUGAGAUAGACCCCAAUCUAUCUGGCCCACCCAGCGCGAUGCAAUUACAGCACCCACCUUACACUUACCCGCCGGCGAUAGAGACGCAGUGGAACACGCCUGCAUACCUACCAUCUUCUUCUGUGGCGGAAUCCUCGCCUUCUUCGUCUGGAUUUUGGCAGCCCUCGCCAUCGACCGCAAACUCGGCUUACGGUAGCGAUUCUAAUGUUUCUGGAGGGCGCACUCCAGCGACCAUGAGCACCGCAUCUACCAUGUCCUACGCAGGUCACCAAGAUCCCCAUGGUUGGAAUCAGCCGAGCAUGCAGCCCCCCGGCAGGUCUAUGUCCUUCCCAAAUAUCGAAGGGGUCGGCCCCUCGCAAUACGCAAACCCAGGGCUUGGUAUCCAACACGACUAUUCUCGCCGAACAUCGCCAUACCCGUACCCCACGACGAUCGACACGAACCCAGCGACAUUGCACAGCACGACUACCCUCGGGAGCAAUGGCUCAGCUCCCCUGUCUGCGCCCAUACUUCCCAACCAACACCAACAGUUCAACUACCCCGCACCCUGGAAUCCUUUUGGGGGGAUGCCGCAAAGCGCAGGCCAUGAAAUGCCUGCUCAGCCUCGAUCUAUGAGCGUACAAUGGUAUCAUGAAUCCGGGCAACUUGGCCAGGUUCAGGAGGAAAGCGGACAACCUGUUGGUUACCCAAAUGGAAUGCCUCAUCAGUUUUAUACCGGAUCUUGA